UCGAAAAACAGCGCGCAUUUCAUAUCUAAAUUGUGGUGAAUUUGGAUUCCUUCCGUUACGAUCAUUAAUUUCUUCACCAAUUGAUCAAAAUUCUGAUUUGGAUUCUUCAUCGUUAAUUUAUUGUAGGCAAUAUCCGGAUGGAUGUUCAAUAAUUAUCUGGAUUUGGUUAUGGGGAUUUCCUGGUGCUUGUUUAGAGCCAUUCUGGAAUGGAUGAAGCUGGUGGAAGAUCGGGGUCGAGAAUGGAGAAGUAGAAUCUAACACCGAGGUCAUGGGAACCGAAGCAAACAAUGGUAAAGGCGGCAGUUUUGGUAGUUUGUUGAUUGCAUCAGAGGGGUCUGCAAUGGAAAAACAAACCUUAACCGAUUCAAAAGCGUCGGAUUUUUCAAUAGAUGAUCGGUUAAAACCUUCCCCAGAAACCGCAAUCCAGCAAACAGAAGAUAAACAGUCCAAUCAUAAAUUGUCUGAUUCUAUGGGUCAAGGUAAUGUUAUAGAAGAUGGUGUUGCGGGUCAUGAUCAUGUUCGAAAAAGUGGUCAUGUGGGUCAAGAUCAUGUUCGAGAAGAUGAUCUUACGGGUCAAGACCAUGAUCGUGAAGAAGCUCCUGCAGGUAAUGACCAUAUUCAAGAAGAUGUUGGGUUAAAACCUUCCCUAGAACCCGCUAUCCAGCAAACGGAAGAAAAACAAUCCAACAACAAACUAUUUGAUGUAAAAUAUGAUUCUACAGGUCAAAAUAAUAUUCUAGAAUAUGGUGUUGCGGGUCAUGAUCAUGUUAAGGAAAGUGGUCCUACCGGUCAAGACCAUGCUCGGGAAGAUGAUCCUACGGGCCACGACCAUGUUCAAGAAGAUGGUGUUACGGGUCAAGAUCAUGUUAAGGAAAAUGGUCCUACGGGUCAAGAUCAUGUUAAGGAAAGCAGUCCUACGGGUCAAGGUCAUGUUAAGGAAAGUAGUCCUACGGGUCACGACCAUGUGCGCGAAAAUGGUAAAGUUGACAAUCAUGAAGAGAAGGGGUCGGAGACAGUUAGCUCUGAAAAAACGAUCGAGAAAUCCAAAUGUUCCAAUGCAGAAAUCGAUACCACUGCACCUUUUGAAUCUGUUAAAGCAGCUGUGUCCAUGUUCGGCGGAAUUGUUGAUUGGAAAGCCCAUAAAAUCCAAAUUGCCGAGAGGCGCAGGUACGUAGCACAAGAACUCAGAAAAGCAAACGAACAGAUGCCAAUUUUAAAGAAACAGUCGGAAGCUGCAGAAGAAUCAAAACAACAGGCGUUAAAAGAGCUUGACAACGCAAAGAGGCUUCUUGAAGAACUGAGAAUUAACACAGAGAGAGCGGAAACCGAAGAACAACAAGCAAAACAAGAUGCCGAGCUUGCAAAACUUCGAGUCGAAGAAAUGGAGCAAGGGAUUGCAGACGAAUCUAGUAUUGCCGCAAAGACACAAUUAGAAGUUGCACAGGCUCGACAUCAAGCUGCGGUUUCGGAGUUGAAAACGGUUAAGAUCGAGCUCGAAAACCUCCAGAAAGAUUACGGUUUACUUCUGGCUGAACGUGAUUUAGCUAUAAAGAACGCUGAACAAGCUGAGUUUAACUCGAAAGAAAUUGAGAAGAAUGUUGAAGAGUUGACGAUUAAACUGAUAACGACGAAAGAGGCGUUGGAGUCCGCGCAUGCUGCUCAUUUGGAGGCUGAAGAAAACCGAACCGGAGUAGCCAUUGCGCAAGAAGAAGAAAUUUUACAGUGGCAAGAAGAAUUGAAGCAGUCUGAAGAAGAAUCGGAAAAAGUCAACCAACAGAUAGCCGAAAUGGAAGAUCUAAAGUCAAAACUAGACACUGCUUCGGUUUUGCUUCAAAAUUUAAGAGUAGAAUUAGGAGCUUACAUGGAAGAAAACCAUAAAGAUAUACAAUCGGCAGUCGAUUCGGCGAAGAUGGACCUCGAAGAAGUGAAGAAAAACAUCGAAAAAGUAACAGAUGAAGUUAACAGUUUAAAACAGUCAGCAACUUUGUUAAAUUCCGAGCUAGAACACGAGAAAGAAACGUUUAUUUCCGCGAAGAAAAAGGAUGAACUUGCAGGUGUUUCGGCUGAGUCUCUUGAAGCUGAUCUAAAAAGGACGAUAUUAGAAGUUGAACUCAUUCAAAAGAAAGAAAAGGAAGCACGAGAAAAAGCUUUGCAGCUGCCGAGACAACUCGAGCAGGCGACUGAAGAAGCCGACCAGGCGAAAUCGCGUGUUCAAAAAGCACAACAAGAUCUGCAAAAAGCAAAAGAAGCUGCAGAUCAAGCAAAAACAGGUGAAAACAAUAUGAUUAGUAAGUUAAAUGCUGCUUUGAAGGAGAUUGAGGCGACUCGUGCGUCGGAAAGAUUGGCACUUGGAGCGAUUAGUGCACUUCAUGAGAGCGAAUCGACAAGAAGUAACAAAAUUGAAAACGAAUCUGGGGUUACUCUUUCCGUAGAGGAAUAUUACGAACUAAGCCGAAAGGCUAAGGGAGCCGAGGAUGAAGCUGAUACGCGGGUGUCUGAAGCUGUAUCCCAAAUCGAUUUAGCGAAAGAAGCCGAACAGAAAGCUGAAAACAAGCUUGAACAAGUGAAUUCUGAUAUAGCUUUGAAAAAGGAACAACUUGUAACUGCUACGCAGAGAGCCGAAAAGGCGAAAGAAGGAAAGGAGGCGUUCGAGCAGGAGCUUAGAACAUGGAAAACUGAAAACGAGCAAAAAACAAAAGCCAGUAAGUCUACGAAAGGAAAUGAUAGUCAUAAGCCUGAUUCGAAAACCGAAAGCAGCAAUAGUGGGAUUGGAUCAUCUCGUGAAGUAAAGCGUAAGAAAAAGAGACGGUCGUUUUUCCCGAGAUUUUUUAUGUUUUUCACCAGGAAGAGAGGACAUUCAAGCAAGAACAAUACAUGAACACAAAUGGACUUCUUCUUUUUUGUUAGAGUUUAUUGUCAUAAUAGUUACAAAUUACAUAACAUUUAAGGUAGUUUCUCCCAUACUGCAUACUGAUCUCCAGAAGUAGCAAGUUUAAAAUUCUCAGGAAUAAGAUUUCCAAGAUCCAUCUUCGGCCCGAUUUUGACGAUGACUUUCUCGUCGAUUACUGCAACAUAAAGUUCUGCUUCAUAUGCGAGAAUCUUCACUUGGCUUGUUGCAGUGAUCUCGUUUCUUGCUCUUACUGCGGAUAACUUCGUGAGCUCGUCCUUUAGGCCCCAAUCAAA